GGCGUCAGGUUGUUGCCGCCAUAGCCACGGUUGUUGCGGCCAUAGCCACGACCAUGCAAGCUCUCUCUCCUCGUUGCAGUCGUUGCGGCAGGAUGUAUGCGUCAUGCCUGUCUGCCUUCGGCGAUGAGGAGGGAGGCAGUAGCAUCCUUGUCGUCGAAGUGCUGUGAAGAGAGGAGAGGGAGACGGCGGUUUGGGAGUAGGCAAGGAGGGAGGUGGGCGAUCAUGACUAGUCCAAGCAAUGCCACUGCAUGAUCUUGCAGCACCUUUCCGCAUGUGCUUACGGCUGAUUGCAGACUCUAUUUGCAGGUGUUUAAUCUUUGUGGGGUUGAGGCCACAUCACCGCUGAUUGGCAGUGUGUGGCAGAGGCUGUAGCCAAAGAUUUUCGCCACACGUUCGGCGGACAGCGAGCAGGGAGGGAAGAGUUCUGGCAAAAUGUCAGUCGACGUGAAUGCGGAGCUGGCUGUGGGACAACGCGAGCCACUAGACCGAGGCAGACCUACCUCGGUUGCAAGCUUGCCGUCACGAAAGAGAUUCCGCGGGCAGCCAGUUCGGGAGGGUUCCAACUCCAGCUGUGUGCUGGAUGUAAUGGGCGCCGAGGAGGCAGUAGAAGGAGGGAAGAGGGCUGGAAGCGACAUAUCUCUUGGGGAGCGAUCCCAGAGUGGGGCAGGUGGGGCUGCAAAUAACAUUGUGAAUGGAGGGGACGGGGCUGGAAGUCAGUCAAGAGUAGAAAGUGGUGGUGGAGGGGGAGGAGGAGCAAAGGGGGGUGGUGAUCCCGUUCGAGCUUAUCGAGAAGCAGCAAGUCCAAAGGAAAUUGCAUCUACCCAUGCGAUGGAGGUCCCCAGCAGUGGACGUGGGAAUAACAGUAUGGACAUUGACGGCCAUUCUGGGUGGUCGAGUUACCUCGCUCGCAUGCGCGCCCAGGAGGAGUGGAAAAUGAGGAAUUCGGUUGGAGGCGGCAAGGCGGCCGAAGGGAAAGAGUGCCCGGUGGCAGCGGAAGCAGGAGCCGAGAACGGCAGCAUGAGGUGUAACCUUCCAGGAGCAAACACGAAGGGAGGUGCAGGGUUUCCCAGAGUAACAGUUCCGCUGUGGAGCGGUCCACUGGGACAACAUACUGGCUAUCCCAUCAUUCCUAACUGGGGAAUGAGAGAUGGAGAUACAUCCUUGGAUGAGCGACAGACUCACGAACAAGACUCUGGCGAGCAUGUGGAGGAAAGAGUUCUGUCUCUCAUGGAGCCGCAGUCGGGAGAACGGUGCCAGGAUAGGGAGGAAAGCCAAGGGCGUGGUUGUCGAGCAGGGCAGAAGCGGGGAAGGGUUAGUGAUGACAACAACAACAAUGGUUGCAGUGGAGGCAGGAGGGCACCUUCAGGAGAGGAGAAGGACGAGGCAGAUGACAAAGACGCUAUGGAUACGGAUGACGGUCCAGCAUUGGAGCUGACGCUCGGGCUGUCGAUUGGUGGCAGCAGCCUGAGGUCUAAGUCGCGUAACAGCAAGGAGAGCCAUUCACAGUCAGUGUCACGCAAUGCCCUACCCGGCAAGAGUCACAGCAGCAAUAGCAGUAGUAGUAGCAGCAGUAGCAGCAAGAUCGGGUCGGUUGGAAUGACGAAGGCUGUGGGGGGUAAGGCAGUAGGUAGAGGGAACGAGGCAGCAGAGGAAGGCGGUGAUGGUGAUGCAGAGUUUGCAGGAAGUCUGGGAACGACUGCCCAAACAACAAGUGUGGAAAGGCUGUCAAGACAGGCCCACGUGCACACUCACGGGGCGUUCGAAGAGCCCCGAGGAGGUGGUGCUGUGCCCGUGAUGGUUGCAGGAGGCGAGGGUAUGCAUGCCAGUCAAGGGAAUUCCGGUGGAGCCCAUGCUCAUUACCCUGUGUUGUGGCAAGAUCAACAGAGAGAUUCACUGCCUGGAAACCUGUACCCUGUGGAUGACCGCGCUGACAUUGGCUCUGCUCCCGACAUUGCUGCGGCUGGACACAGGGGUCACAGUGUUCCGAACUUGCGGCAAGGCGCUGGACCCUGGACUCCGACGGGACGGAAUGUGCAGGCUAUGGCCUCAGAGUGUGGCUCUGUGCUGUGGCCAGGGAAAGAUUUCACCGGAGGGGAGGAUGUGAAGCUAAAGGCGCAGCAGGUUCGCACCGCUCUGCAAUUCAAACCAGGACGAGAUCGGGACAGCACCACAGCUCCAGCAGUGACGGUAGCCGCAAAUGGAGCAGGGACAUGGAGCAAUCCAGAUAAGGGCGGGGCACGGGGAAGUGACGCUCCAGGUGCCAGGUAUGGGCCUGGAGGGAGUUCCGGUGGGUGCAUGGCAAGCUCUGCACAGAAAGUGGUAGGAGUGAAUGCCAAUACCUGGGGAGUGGCCUUAAGUCCUGGGGUUGCCACGCCAAAUGGAGCAAGUCAGAGAUUGCCUUUUGCUAUGAGUGCCAACUUUGCUGAUGGCAAAGAGGCUGCAGCGCAAGUGAUUCUGCAACCCAGCAGUGGAGUUGUUACGGCUUGCUCCCAGCCUUGUAGCGGAUCACCGCCUCUGCUGGUGACAGCAGUGAACAACCAAAUGGUACAGCCAGCUGUGAGCCCCACGGGUGUACCCCCUACAACAGGCGUGGAGAUCCCGACAGUGAUCGUGUCUGGGAGGGGGCCUUCAGGAGCAGGACCCAUUGGACUGAAAAUGGAUAGCAUGAAUCUAGAUUCAAGGGCGGAUGGCGUUGAAGUUGCGAUGAGCUUUCAUCAACAGCAGCACUUACUUCAUCAGCAAGAGCUGAUUGAAGAGCAGCGCCGACACGAGAUAAGACAGCAACAGCGGCAGGAGGCGCGAAAAAAGAGGAAGCUUGUCCUCCAACAAAAGUCAACAAGGAAGGACGACUCGGAAGUCAGGGUGGCCAUGCCCAUGGGACCUCAGAAGGCAGCUGGAUGUGUUUACGCUGCUUCUGUAAGCGGGAAUGGCAUGUGGGCCGUGCCCGUUGCCAAAGAGGAAUCGAUCGGAGAUUCUGGAGGGGAGGGCGUUGUUGCUCGGGCAGUACCAGGAGGAAGAGAUGUGGGGAUGGAGAUGCUACCGUCUGGCAUUCCCCUCCAGGUGCCGGUGCCAUCAUGCUGGAACGUCCAGCCCUGCGAAGAAGCCAAGAACUUGUCAAACGGUGCCGGUGGUGGGAGAGAAGACGAUCUUGGCAGUAUGAAGAGGCUGCUGAUGCAAAUGCGGGACAGCCAGAGGGCAAAGAGGGGGGGUGGAAAUCUUUCGAAACCGGAUGAGAAUGGCUUGGCGUCGAGUAGGGAGGUGAACGGGCAUAACCAGGGGAACAACAAUACAGUGCAGCAGAUGCCAACAAAGUCGAGGCUCGAGCAGCAAGAGGAGAGGAGGGCUGGUGACUCACCUCUUCGUGCAGGAAGUCCAGGUACAGGAGUUUCGGCAGCUAAUGACGAGGGAGAGCAAGGUGCCAGGGAGCUAGGGCACCCGUCGUUUGGCGGAGCUGGCGCUGGGCCAUCUGGAAUGGCUUGCAACAAUGAAUGGAUGCGAAAGGUAUGGGGUGGGCAACUGGCGAGAAUGUUCAGCGGCGUACAUAAAGUACCUUCAGCUUCAGCAAUCGCCUUACCUGGGAUGGAAGAUGCAUCUUUCCCUCCAACGUCGAAGCCGGGGGGCAAUCCAGCUGGACAGGGAAGGGGUGAUGAAGAGGUUCCCAGUACCGGUGCGAAUGCAGGCGGACGAGGAACCGGUGCACAGGGCCUGCCUGAUCUCAAUGUCAGGGACAGUGUGCAUCCAAUGUCUGGAAAGCUUGCCGAGUCUCAGGAGCAGGGAAAGGAACUGGAAAAGCAGAGGGAGGGCGAAGGAGAAGGGGAGAUGACGGAACCGAAUGCUCCUGGCAGGGGAGGAAAGGAUGCUGGAAACUCGGGCAAUGCUGCUGGUGUCGAUCAUCAUGGAAUGGACGUUGAUGGUCGAAGUGGUGGCGGGGCAAGCAGAGGAGGAAAGCGAUCGGAAAAGGAAGAUGCGAAGGACGUCGGAAAGAAUGGAAGGAGUAAGGAGGAUGCAUCGUCAUGUCGUAAUGGAAAAGCCGUACAAACAUCACAGGCAGCACCGGCGCCCUCUUGCCAGGCAGUCGGCUCAAAUGGGGCGGGAACCGCAUCCCAAAGUCCAACAGGCAAUGGAACGGCAGCGGUUGCUUCGAACCCAUUAGCCUCACCUUCCGCGGGGGUAUCUGGAGGGAUGCAUGCCUCUGCAGGGGGGGCACUGAUGAUGCCUCCCCCACCAUUUCCAAUUUUUCCCUUUCCCCCCUUACCGAUGUCGCUUCCAACUCUGAGCCCAUCGAGCGUUAGAAAUAUGUUCCCAUUCCCAUGCCCGAUGUUUCCUCGCAAUCCCGCUCCUCCUCCGGGGGGGGAUCGUAGCGGAUCCCAAGAGAAUCUACCGUCUUGUCCGCUUCCCAUGCCACCUCAAGCUCCCGUGCCUUUCCCAUUCUCGUUCAAUCCCUUCACAAUGUUUCCUGGUGAUCAGGCAGGACCAUGGGCCUCGGUUGCUAGGCAUGCAAUAUCUUCUCACGCCCCCGGAUCGGCUUCAUCAGGCUUGCACUCCUCAUUCCCUUCUGGAACGAAUGUGGGUGGCUCAAAACAUGGUUCGUCUGCUGCUGCUGCUGCUGCUGCUUCUGCUGUGGGAAACGAUCCGAGUCCUACGAAGUGGAUUCCUCCAAAUGGCGGGAGAUCAGAUGGUGGGAAGAGCCCCCCAGCUGGAAGUGGAAGUGCCGAUGUUGGAAGACCAGCUCCUGUGCCACCCGUAUCGCCGACUGCUGCGAGGCUCACGGCCUCUUCUCAGGGGCUGAUCGGCAGCAAGGUAGGAAAUGGGUUCACUUCAGUGAGGCCUCAGCCUGGAAUAGGUUUCCGUCCGAGUCAACAGAACACGUCUGCACUGCCUCUAGCCCUUCCUCUGCCAGGCAGGGAAUACCGAUCGAAGGACAACAAGGGCAGCGACGUUGGCUCUGGUCUAAUUGGUGGACGAGACGACGGGGAUGCCGCACAGACGAGUGCUUUUGAGAGGUUAAGAGGGUCAGGAGCAGGAUCGCGCAGUCUGAGUUCGUCACCUCGGAGAGCGAGUAGUCCAGUGGAGACGGUCUCGGCAAGGACAAGGUCUGAUUGCGCAGAGGAGGAGGUGGGUGGAGCAGCCGAGAGUGGAUCGACAGGGCAAGCUGCAGACGAGCAAGAUCAAGAUUCUGCCUGUCGCACGAAGGCAGCGCCACAGCUGCAUUCUGGCUCCACCAGCGGGGCAUCAUCUCAUCGAGUUUCCUCGUCGCCACAACGAGGCAGCGAGCUGAAGAAAGAUGACGAGCAAGAUACUGCAACCGUGAACAAUGAGGCCGGAAAGCUGUCGGUUGCAGCGGAUUGUGUAACUGGUGACAGGCACCCAGUGGCGUGGGAACCACAGAGUUCAUCUCAACGCACAACAACGGAGGGUCUACCGGGAGUUAUUAUGGCGACAGCCCUUCGUCCUGGAUUGUCAGCGGAGCAGACGUUCGGAGGCAGUGGGCAGUCCCCAGACUUGCCCUGGGUGUCCUGCACUGGGCCAGGUAAGACCAUCAGUGGCGUUCUCUACAGCCGAGGAGCUGGGAGUGUUCUCAUUGUCUGUGCCUGUCAUGGCAGCCAUUUGACACCUGAAGACUUCACCCGUCAUGCUGGAUGUGAAGAUGUCGGCAAUCCUGGGAAGUCUAUUGUAGUCGGCGGCCCCUUCCCUAGGAUAGCUGGUGGGGCCAUGAUGGCACAAAGUGGUGGGGCAUCUGCUUCCCCGGCUCGAAGUCGUGGCCUAGAGUCAGCCGUGCCCUAUGCCUGAUUCCCUCUUCACCUCAGCAGGGUGCAUGUGGACAUGUCCUCUCUCUCUCUCUCUCUCUCUCUCUCUCUCUCUCUCUCUCUCUCUCUCUCUCUCUCUCUCUCUCUCUCUCUCUCUCUGUGACACCCAUACACCUGUGCAGAACACAGCACAAGCAAACACGUACGUACAGAAGUGUCGUCGACUGUGAUGACACAUGUCGACGACGGGUACAUGGAGGGCAAAUCAGAAUGUUGAGAGGGUGAUGAGCAUUACGAGCGUCUGUGUGAAGUAGGCUGCCUGACGUAGGGAGCGUAGAGGAGAGGAGAAAUGCCGUGGCAGUUGACUGCAGCAGGGCACCGACAAAAUCGGUACCUCUGCUCAUUUUCAGUCUCUUUGGUCGUGUUGGUCUUACCCUGUCGUCUACCAAUUGUCAUUUGGAAGACAGGUGUCAGAGUUCCAAUUUGUCUUUUUCCUGCAUGCAGCAAGUCACAGCGAGUAUGACUAGCUGUGAGAGCCAAGGUUUUUCCCAGGUGGUCGGUCCUGUACUUCAGGUACUUAGUCUACGGUAGUCUACGGUUUGCAGUGUGUGCCAUUGACAACCACAGCAUGCGGUUGGAUAUGGUUCCUCGGAGGAGGGCUGCGAUGAUAGGCCACCACGUGCAGCUUGUGCGUUGGAGGGAGUGGGUGGAAAUUGUGGUUUUUAUAUGUGUACAUUUGUUUGUUGGUUAGACCAAUAAGUACAUUUAGAGUCUGUCUCAUUGUGCUUUGACACAGAGAUACAUACACAGAGAGAGAGAGAGAGAGAGAGAGAGAGAGAGAGGGGGGKGGGGGAGGGGAGGGGGAGGAGAGGUGAUAGGAAAAUUAGAGUUUUACUUUAAGAGUGUGUCAGAUGAGCAAGUUUGACUCGAUCUGGCCUCGACUAUUAUCUAGCUGUAGAGAGCAAAGACUUGAAGAAUCGAGGAAGGGUUGUCCUCCAGUGUGAUUUGUGAGAAUAAGCAAAAUGACUUGAGACGUGUUUACGGCCUUGCAGUUUGCGGCGGGACUUGGCAGGUAGGUUCUUGGUUUUCCAUUUCCUGCCUCUAGUCCUUGCAUGAUCAGUGGACUUUCUGCAGACUGUGUACUGAGUCUGAUGACGAAAGGAGAUUCCACAACUUCCUUUGGGGCUCUGUUUGUGAGAUAUCAAACUAGGAGAUGUGUUUUCACUGUUUUGUACAUUUGAUU